UCAAAUCAGGUGUGUAGAAUAAAAACGAAACAUCGUAAUUUACCGGCUCAGUAUAUCAGUGCACUUCACAACGUAACGAUAGCAACAUGGCCGGACGUCCCUAUUAUGGUUACGGCGGACCCCCUCCUCCGCACGGCUACCCGCCCGGCCCACCUGGCCAUCCUCCCCCAAUGUACCCCCCACCGGGUGUCAUCUACUACCCAUACCACCCCGCAUACUUCUACCCUUACCCCCCUCCGCCCGGUCCCGUCGAUGUGGUAGAGAAUGCUGAACCAGAAGAAAUAGUACCUGAAUUACCGGGAGAGACUGUUGAAUUGCCUUGGAGUACUUACCGUUGGGUCCCCGCGUGCCUCAGCCAGCGCAGCAUCCCGCCUGGCGCGCUAAGGGUUGGCACCGACGCCGAUGGGGAUGAGAUCUACGCAGGUCGCGCACAUCACGAGGGCGACAUAUUACCUGCAAAGGUCAUCCCCAGCAAAAACGCCUGCUACAUUGCCUAUGGCGGAGAGGAGAUCUUGAAGGAUCAAUUUGAGGUGCUGGUACCAGCGAUGUUCUCUUGGCAGUUCUCUACGAACGGCGCGACACCGCCUGGCGCUGUGGAAGCGGGUGUCACCGCUGAUGGAGAGAAGCUGUACUUCGGCAGGGUAACUCACGACGGCUGCACCACACCAGGAAAGAUUCAUCCAAGCCACGGCGUAUGCUACUAUCCUUUCGAUGGCGAAGAGAGAAGCAGCUCGGAGUACGAGUGCUUGGUCCUUAUGUAGACCUCAAUGACCUCUAAUAGAUCUCAUGAAAACCACCUAGCGGACCUCAUGAAAAACUCUAUAAAGAAACAAACGUGGUCAUUUAAUUUAGAGCCUAGCUGCAAGGUGCUAUAACUUAAUCUAGAUAAAUAAUUUAUAUAAAACCUCUUUUUAAAAACCAAAUAUUACAUUAUAUCGUUAGAGCAGUGUUAAACGAAUUUUUGUGAAUAUUACAAAAAUAACAAGAUACAAAUUAAUAUGGUAAAUACAUAUUUAAAU